AUGAUCAUGAAUGCCGGCAUGGAUUUGCCAGUCUAUUCAACGAACAGGGUGCUGUUGCGUCAAGCACUUCAGCCCGAUGUACCCCGAACAGAUGCUCUACUAGCUGUUCUUCUGGGGUAUUUGCCUGGCCUAGAACGUUUGGAGAUCCCGAUUGAGAGUGAAGACCCACCCGGUGGCCCCCCGAUCACAGAACCGAACCUGAUUCAACGUGUCUUGGUGAGUCUCACUGGUGCACUCUCGACGCCCAAUAGUGAAAUUGGCGUGGCAACUUCAGCUGUUGAAGGAAAUACUAGGCUGCCUAAGCUCACUCAUCUGAAAGCUGAGGUCAAUGGAGACUCACCCUCAGCUGACAUUGACUCGCUUAUGGCUCUUCUUCGAAUGUCCACAUUGACUCAUGUAUUCGGCACCAAAUGGACCACCACACAACCAUGGCACAGACCUCUAAUUGCGGAUUCCCAUCACCUCGUUCACCUUGAGCUUCGCGAAUGCACCUUUGACGCCCAAAAUCUUCGAAGUCUCCUCAAACAAGCUCACAACUUGCAAACGUUGAUCUACGAACGUGGGUGGACGGUGAGAAAGGAUUGGCGCCUGAAAGCUUCAGAUCUCAUCCGUGCGCUUCAGGAAACAUCUCAGACCCUGGCCUGUCUCGAACUUUCAUAUAAUCGGUUUAUUCGACGCAUCCAGGAAGACCUCUACCUUCAGCCUCUCAACCUAUCCGGGCUUGUUCAUUUGAAGAGACUACGAAUAUCGGCCGGAUACCUUGUCCAAACUGGAGUAAAGAAGGAAUUAUUCGAGGGUAGUUUUUGGCGUCAUUUUGACGAGACUGGAGCAUAUAACAGUACACUGCCUUUGCAUCAGCUACUUCCCAAAUCACUUGAGCAGUUGCACAUCUUUCAAAUCCACGAUGAGCUCGAGUUUACGCUCAUGAGUAAUAAGCUGUGCGAAAGUCUCUAUGGCAGAGCAGUGCCCAUUCUGUCGGAGGCUCACCAAUUUGAACACCUCAAGGAAAUCAUAAUUGAGGCCCCCUUUGAAGACCAAGGUGCUUACUUUUUUUCAACACUCUUCGAAGUCACAAACCGAGCCGGAGUGAAGUUGACAGCAAUUGAAAACUCCGCCGAUUACAUCAAAUCUUGGGUCACCCAUAAUUCAAAAGUAUCAUGCCCAAGCAGGGACAUCAACUGGGGGUUUGACGGCGAGAUCCAGUGGGAAAAUCCUUUCACUCAGCGAGGGGAGGUGAGGUACCAUCGCCGUUGA